AUGCUCGGCGGUGUCAGGAAGCACUGCGCAUGUCUGCCGGUGUCAGCAAAGUACUGCACAUACUCCUGGGUGUCCGCAGAAAAGGCGCACGAGCUCCUUUCCAUGGACCAAUGGAGAAACUUGGAAGAUCCGAAGCAGUCUGGUCCUCCUGCCAAUCAGAGUCGGCCGUUGUCGAAAUGCGGAAGUUGGACUACUCAUCGGCGCAGUCAUACUGGGGAGAGGCCAUUCACCUGCCCCGAGUAUGGAAAGGGCUUCAGCUAUGCCUCCGACCUGGUGAGGCACCAGCGGGUCCAUACCAGGGAGAGGCCCUUCAGCUGCCCCGAAUGCGAGAAGGUCUUCAGCAAUUCCUCUGACCUGGUGAGGCACCAGCGGGUCCACACAGGGGAGAGGCCCUUCAGCUGCCUCGAGUGUGGAAAGGGCUUUACCCAGGCCUCCACCCUGCUGGCCCACAGGCAGGGGCACACCAGAGAGAGGCCGUUCUUCUGCACUGAGUGUGAGAAGGCCUUCAGCAAUUCCUCCAUCCUGCUGGCCCACCGACAGGUGCACACUGGGGAGAGGCAGUUCACCUGCUCUCAGUGUGAGAAGGGCUUUACCCGCGCUUCCCAUCUGCGGAGGCACCAGCGAGUUCAUGUGCCAUCGUCAGAGACAGACGAGGGCACCUGCACCAUGGAGAAACCGUGGAAAUGUGGGGAGUGUGGGAAUGGUUUCCCUUCGCUAUCUGCGCUGGAGAUUCAUUGGCGUUUACACGUCGGGCAGCGGCUAUUCACCUGUACUCAGUGCAGGAAAGGCUCCACUCAGUUACACCACCUCCUGGCCCCCCAGCAAGUCCACAGCAGCAAGAACCCGUUCAUCUGCCCCGUGUGUGGGCAGGGUUUCACUCAGUCACACCACCUGCUGCCGCACCAACGGAUGCACACCGGGGAGAAACCAUUUUCCUGCUCCGUGUGCGGGAAGGGCUACACCCGUUCGUAUCACCUGCUGCUCGGCUUCCACGUCCACACUGGGGAGAAGCCGUUCACCUGUCCCGUGUGGUGCAAUGAUUUCUGUGAUUCCUCCACCCUGCGCAAACACCAGCGCAUCCACACCAAGGAGCAGCCGUUCACCUGUCCAGUGUGUGGGAAGGGCUUCACCCAGUCGUGCAACUUGUGGAGACACCAGCAACUUCACAAGGAAGCAGCAGAGACUUCCAGACACAUCGAUUUGUAUUCAGCGAUAUCCAGGGAUCUCAAGAACUGCCAGUAUCUCAGGAAGAAUCGUUAUUCCGGGAGGAGCGUGGUGUGCACCUGUAAACUCCAGAACUUCCCCCAACUUCAUGAGUCAACACUAACUUUUUCUGGACCAAGAAAUGAAAGGGCCGACGAGAAACUGUGA